AUGGCAUCGUCAGCAGCAGCCGGCUUCCUCGGCCGGUCGAGCAACAACAAUGCGAACAUGCGCGGCUUGGUCCAAUUUAUAGCAGAUCUACGAAAUGCACGAGCGCGCGAGCUGGAAGAGAAACGAAUCAACAAGGAGCUGGCAAACAUCAGGUCUGACAUGGGUAUUACAGAUGGCAAUUUGAGCGGCUACCACAAAAAGAAAUAUGUCUGCAAGCUGUUAUACAUAUACAUCCUUGGCUGGAACGUCGAUUUUGGGCACCUCGAAGCCGUCAACCUGAUCUCGGCCAACAAGUACUCCGAAAAGCAGAUUGGCUAUCUGGCCGUCACCUUAUUCCUCCACGAGAAACACGAACUCCUACAUUUGGUGGUCAACAGCAUUCGCAAGGACCUACUUGAUCACAAUGAGCUCUUCAACUGCUUGGCCCUCCACGCGAUCGCAAACGUCGGCGGUAGAGAAAUGGGAGAGGCCCUUAGCGGAGAUGUCCACAGGCUUUUGAUCUCGCCGACAUCAAAAGCGUUCGUCAAGAAGAAGGCUGCCCUGACUCUUCUUCGCCUCUACCGAAAAUACCCAGAUAUCGUCCAGCCGCAAUGGGCAGAACGCAUAGUAUCCCUGAUGGAUGACCAGGACCUUGGUGUCGCUCUUUCUGUCACUUCUCUGGUGAUGGCUGUGGCACAAGACGACCCUGACGCAUACAAGGGUGCAUACGUAAAAGCGGCUUCGAGACUCAAGCGCAUCCUCAUCGAUGGCGACUACGCUGCAGACUAUCUGUACUACAAGGUGCCGUGUCCUUGGAUACAAGUCAAGCUGCUGCGGUUGCUUCAGUACUUUCCUCCGUCCGAGGAUAGCCACGUUCGGGACAUGAUUCGCGAUUCCUUGCAGAAGAUCUUGAAUAUUGCAAUGGAGUCGAAUAAGAACGUGCAACAAAACAACGCCCAAAACGCAGUACUCUUUGAAGCCAUUGAUCUCAUCAUCCAUCUCGACACGGAACAUGCGCUGAUGCGUCAGAUUUCAUCACGCCUCGGCCGCUUCAUCACUUCCCGAGAGACGAAUGUGCGAUACCUUGGUCUGGAGGCCAUGACGCAUUUGGCAGCACGUGCCGAGAAUCUCGACCCCAUCAAACAGCAUCAGGACGUGAUCCUUGGAUCUUUGAAGGACCGCGACAUCAGUGUCCGAAGGAAAGGUCUUGAUCUACUGUACAGUAUGUGCGACUCGACCAACUCUGGACCAAUCGUUUCCGAACUCCUCCACUAUCUCCAGAACGCCGACUUUGCAAUUCGGGAAGAGAUGGCUCUUAAGAUUGCUAUCUUGACCGAGAAGUACGCCACCGAUAUCCAAUGGUAUAUCAACGUGUCUCUGCGUCUCGUCGCUGUGGCUGGAGACCAUUUGAGUGAUGAGGUCUGGCAACGUGUGAUUCAAAUUGUGACAAACAAUGAGGAGCUGCAGGUCUAUGCCGCUCAAAAUACUCUGCAGCACGUCAAGCAGGACCACUGCCACGAGACCUUGGUCAAGAUUGGAGCUUACGUCCUCGGAGAGUUUGGUCACUUGAUUGCCGAAGAGCCCGGAUGCAGCCCGAUAGAGCAGUUCCUUGCACUUCAGAGCAAGCUGCCGGCCUGCUCUUCAAGUACUCGCGCCAUGAUUCUCUCGUCCUUUGUCAAGUUUGUCAACUUGUUUCCAGAGAUCAAGCCUCAGCUUCUGCAUGUGUUCGAGAUUUACAGUCACACCCUGGACUCUGAAUUGCAGCAAAGAGCGUGCGAGUAUCUGACCAUGGCAAGCCUCCCCACCGACGACUUGCUCCGGACAGUAUGCGACGAAAUGCCGGCUUUCCCCGAGCGACAGUCUGCCCUCCUUUCGAGACUACACCAGAAGCAUGCCAACACGAGCGACAAGCGGACAUGGGUUGUUGGUGGUAAAGAUGCCAACGCUGAUACAUCCGAGCUCAACAUGGCAAAGAACGGCGGUCUCAAGAGAACCUUCAGCUCCAAUGAGCCGAAUAGGAAUGGGGCUGCCAAUGGUACGAACGGAACCAAUGGUCAUGCAAGCAAUGAUCUUAUGGGCUUGGAUCUGAGCGCCGGCCCGAACGAGCAAAAACUGCUCAAGGCACCAAACCUGGCAAGUGCUGCACAUCUCUCGCCUGGCUGGGAACAGGGCUACUACAAAUUGCUGCUAAAGGCAGAUGGAAUUCUCUUUGAAGAUGGCCAGAUUCAGAUUGGUGUCAGGUCAGAAUACAGGGGUCAAGUUGCCUGUUUGAUCCUCUACUUCACCAACAAGACACCCGCGCCAGUCACAUCCUUCACAACGACUCUAGACUUGGACGAGAGCGAAAAGGAGAAAUUGACGUGGGACGUGAAGAACAUGCCAGAGAGUCAGAUUGGGUCUGGUCAACAGGCUAGGGAGGUCAUCAUGUUUGAGUGCAAGAGGGUCUUUGAGAAGCCGCCUACGAUCAGAAUCAGCUACCUGGCCGGUGCGCUGCAGGCCUUGACACUGAAGCUCCCCCUUACUGCUCACAAGUUCAUGGAUCCUGCUGAGUUGUCGUCGGAAGAUUUCUUCAAGCGCUGGAAGCAAAUUGGUGGCGCGCCCCGCGAGGCCCAGCAAAUUUUUGGUAUUGUCGCCGGCAAGGAGUCGACCCGUGAGAUCCACGACACUUUUAUCCGCAAGACGGUCCAAGGUUUCCGAUGGGGUGUCUUGGACAGUGUGGAUCCAAACACGAAGAACUUUGUGGGCGCAAGUGUCAUGCACACGAGUGAGGGUGGCAAGUUUGGAUGUCUGCUGCGGCUUGAGCCAAACUACGCAUCUCAGAUGAUUCGACUCACAAUCAGGGCAACAGACGAAACUGUUCCACCAGUACUGCUGAAGCUGGUGCAAGACAGGUUAGCGCUUGGAAUCUCAAAGAAAAAGCCGUUGGUAGAAGCUCCAUCAAGGAGGGAGAUUUCCGAUGCUUUUAGCAACGUCAUGGUUUCGUAA